AUGGGUGCUUUCCCCCCCCCUCCCGUCAACACGAUUGAUUGGAGCAACGUAGGCUUCAAGGUCCGCGAGGUCAACGGCCACGUCGAAGCGACGUACUCCAAGGCGGCGGGCAAAUGGUCUCCCCUCCGCUUCGUCGCCGACCCCUUCAUGCGCAUCCACGGCAUGGCGCCGGCCCUCAACUACGGCCAGCAAGCCUACGAGGGUCUCAAGGCCUUCCGCACCCCCGGCGACAAGGCCAUCACCGUCUUCCGCCCGGACCGAAACGCCCUGCGCCUCCAGCACUCGGCCGAGGUGGCGUCCAUGCCCCCGGUCCCCGUCGACGUCUUCCUGCAAGCGGUCCGGUCCGCCGUCGCGCUCAACGCCGAGUUUGUGCCUCCCCAUGAGACCGGGGCGGCGCUGUACAUCCGCCCCCAGCUGUACGGAUCGAGUGCGCAGCUGGGGCUGGACCCCCCCGAGGAAUACACCUUUUGCGUCUUCGUCAUCCCCACGGGCGUGUACCACGGCACGCAGCCGGUCAAGGCCCUCAUCCUGGACGAGUUCGACCGCACGGCGCCCAACGGCACGGGCCACGCCAAGGUCGGCGGCAACUACGCUCCCGUCCUGAAAUGGAGCGGCAAGGCGAAGCAGCAGGGCUUCGGCAUCACGCUGCACCUCGACAGCGCCAAGCACGACGAGAUUGACGAGUUCAGCACGUCCGGCUUCAUCGGCGCCGCGGCCAGCUCGGACGACGACGGCGUGACCCUCGUGGUGCCGGACUCCAAGUGCGUCAUCGACAGCGUCACGAGCGACAGCGUCCAGCGCAUAGCUCUCGGCUGGGGCUGGAAGGUGGAAAAGCGUGUCGUCAAGUACGCCGAGCUCGGCGGCUUCAGCGAGGUGUUUGCCGCGGGGACCGCCGCCGCGCUCGUGCCCAUCCGGAGCAUCACGCGCCGCAGGGGCCCCGUCCCUGUCGGCGGCUCCCUGCCCGCCGGGCCGCGCGUCAGCUCGACGCCCGACGCGGACGUGGUGACGUUUAUCCCCGAGGAGCAGCCCGGCGCGGGCCCCAUCUGCCUGAAGCUCUUGGCGCACCUGCGGGCGAUCCAGCUGGGCAAGGCCGAGGACGAGCAUGGCUGGACAUGUCUCGUCGGCGAGGGAGAUCUCGACGUCCAGGGUGCUGCGAGGGAGAAGAAUGGGACGGUGACGCCGCAGACGGUUGACCAGAUGGACUAG